UUAAAGAGAGAAAUGGCAUCAAGAAGAGUGCAAAGUAAAAUGGCAAAGCGUAGCAAGCUCCACCUUUUACGAACACUUACAAACUCCAAAUCAGUGAAAAAGAACUCUAUCAUCUUGGAUGCUUUCCUUUACAUCAUCAAGCUAAGACUCCAGCUAGAAGCCAUUCAAAGAGAGUAUCAACAACUCUUAAAUCAUGUCCAAUUAGAAGUGAAGGUGGAAAAGCUUAUUGGGACAAGAUUUUUGGUGAAAGUGACAUGCAAAAAGGGGAAAGAUGUGCUUGUGUCAAUUUUGGAGGUAUUUGAAGAGAUGAAACUAAGUGUUGUUCAAGCUAGAGUUACAAGUAGGUACUUCUUUGGCAUGGAAGCUAUUGUGGAAGCUGAAAAUGAAGCUAAUUUGGAUGUAAAAGUUAAUUUGACAAGAGCACUUCAAAUGGCUAUCUCCUUUGGGGAGGAAUUAAUGUAGCUCUUUAAGUUUUUUUCCCCCUUUUCUUAUUAUCCUUCUAUCUAGUUGUUCAUGUAAUGAGGGUUAAAAAAAUCACUUUCUUUUUGUUAGCCACAAGGUAUGAAAGUGAAAGAGAAAAGACAAAAAUGUUAAAAGUGUU